AAAGCUUAGCGCCAUUGGCGACCCACCGCAAUGGCAGGAGUCGCCGUGAAUGGUAUUGAUCAGCCAAACUCCGACGAACCAUCCAAGAUUCACAUCCAAGAUGAUGGUGGUGGCGGGGAAGAAGAGGUAAAUGACAAUCCGAUCGAACAAGUGAGGCUGACCGUUCCGAUCACCGACGACCCGAGCCAACCGGCGCUGACGUUUCGGACAUGGGUACUAGGUUUAGUGUCAUGUAUCGUUCUGGCGUUCGUGAACCAGUUCUUCGGUUACAGGACGAACCAGCUGACGAUCUCGUCGGUGUCGGCUCAGAUCGUGAGCUUGCCUCUGGGGAAGCUCAUGGCGGCGACGCUGCCGGAAAAGCAGAUAAGGGUGCCGCUGACGAGGUGGUCAUUUUCUAUGAAUCCAGGACCUUUUACUCUAAAAGAGCACGUGCUCAUCACCAUCUUUGCCAAUUCUGGGUCCACUGGGGUUUACGCCAUUAACAUUAUCACCAUUGUUAAAGCUUUCUAUCAUCGGAAUAUUCAUCCCUUGGCUGCUUAUUUGCUUGCAUUGACUACCCAGAUGAUUGGAUAUGGAUGGGCUGGAGUAUUUAGAAAGUUCCUCGUUGACUCUCCUUACAUGUGGUGGCCAUCAAAUCUUGUCCAGGUCUCUCUAUUCAGGGCAUUUCACGAGAAAGAAAGGAGGCCAAAGGGUGGAACCACAAGACUUCAAUUCUUCUUCCUGGUUUUCGCAACAAGCUUUGCUUAUUACAUAAUCCCUGGCUAUUUCUUCCAAUCACUCUCAACAAUAUCCUUUGUUUGUUUGAUCUGGAAGAACUCCGUCACUGCCCAGCAGAUCGGCUCCGGCAUGUCGGGGCUCGGCCUUGGCUCCUUCGGCCUCGACUGGAACACGGUGGCCGGAUUCUUGGGCAGCCCCUUGGCUAACCCUGGCUUCGUCAUAGUCAACGUCCUCGUAGGGUUCUGCUUGUUCAUCUACGUCGUCGUCCCCAUUGCUUACUGGACCAAUGCUUACGAAGCCAAGAAGUUUCCACUCUUGAGCUCUCACACCUUUGACUCCACUGGCGCAAAUUACAACGUCACGAGGGUUUUGAAUCAAGCCACCUUUGACAUUGAUUUGGCCCAAUACAAUAGUUACAGCAAGCUCUAUUUGAGCGUCUUGUUUGCCUUCAACUAUGGCCUGAGCUUUGCUACUCUCACUGCUACCAUCUCACAUGUCUGCCUCUUCCAUGGAAAAACAAUAUAUCAGAUGUGGAAGAAGACAACAGAUCAGCUUAAAGCAGGUCACUUCGCAGAUGUUCACACAAGGAUUAUGAAGAAGAACUACGAACAAGUUCCAGAAUGGUGGUUUAUUUCUAUUUUGAUUGUAAUGGGAGGUCUUGCCUUGUUUGCUUGUCAAGGUUUUGGAGGUCAGCUUCAACUUCCAUGGUGGGGAGUCUUAUUCUCUUUCGCUAUAGCAUUUGUAUUCACCUUGCCCAUUGGGGUCAUCCAAGCCACAACAAACAUGCAAGCUGGCCUUAACGUGAUCACAGAGUUAAUUAUUGGGUUCAUUUACCCCGGAAAGCCUCUUGCUAAUGUAGCUUUCAAGACCUAUGGUUACAUCAGCAUGGCUCAAGCCCUUGGCUUCGUUUCUGAUUUCAAAUUGGGGCACUACAUGAAAAUUCCUCCCAAAUCAAUGUUCAUCGUGCAGUUGGCUGGAACCGUAGUUGCUUCUAUGGUGUAUUUUAGCACAGCAUGGUGGCUUCUAUCGACUGUGGAAAACAUAUGUGACCCAAGUCUAUUAUCAGAAGGCAGUCCAUGGACGUGUCCAGGCGACGAUGUGUUCUACAACGCAUCGAUCAUUUGGGGAGUGAUAGGACCAAAGAGGAUGUUCACAAAGGACGGAAACUACCCACAAAUGAACUGGUUCUUCCUCAUUGGUCUUCUCGCUCCUGUCCCAGUUUGGAUUCUCUCCCACAAAUUCCCAAACCAGAAAUGGAUCCCUCUCAUAAACAUGCCCAUUAUAUUCAGUGGAGCUGGAGGGUUACUUCCAGCAAAGUCUGUGAACUAUAUCAUGUGGGGAAUCGUUGGCAUCUUCUUCAACUUCUAUGUGUACAGUAGGUUUAAGGGUUGGUGGGCGAGACAUACGUAUAUUCUAUCUGCCGCACUUGAUGCUGGUGUUGCCUUUACUGCCGUUCUUCUGUUUUUUGCUCUGCAAAGUUAUGAUAUUUACGGUCCUACUUGGUGGGGACUUGAAGCUAGUGAUCAUUGUAACUUGGCUAAGUGCCCUACAGCACCCGGUGUUAAGGCUCCAAAAGGAUGCCCUACCUUUUAAUUAAGUGUAAAUAUCUAAGUUACAGACACUUGUUUGUACGUACUUUCAAUUCAGAUCAAGCAACAAAAUGAACGUAACAGUAGUGGCGGUUUGCUUUCC